CUCCAAACCGCAGCCCACUUCUUUGUCCUGAAUCACUCCCAUCUCUUCACUGAGGCUGCUUCUAUGUCUUCUCUCUCCACCGUCGCUGCAGCUAUGUAAUGUCUCUCCAGCGAGGCUGCAACCUGUGAACUCAUCGCCGAUCUGAUCCCCUCCGGUAUUAUGCGCCUCUCUCCGUCGCUGUUGUGCUCUCUGCUUACCCAGUCUUGGUCGCUUCCUCUGUACUCUCUCUCGCCGCCGCUGAGACGCAAGUGGUUGCGGGACCUAUCUUAGUUUCUUCCUUGUUUCUGUUUCCAUUAAAAUUGUAUUCUACAUCUAUCGGGCAUGAAAAGGAUGAGGGGAUGGCACCGUUUUCUUUUUGGUCUUCCUCUAAUUUUAUUGCUUACUCAUCUAUUUUCUGUGAAGGAGUUACAGCAGAGUUCACAAACGAUGGAACCUCCCGAGAAACUUAAUAAAAAAUUUGAUCAUCUGGUUCUUGGUCCUGCGGCUGGACAAGGCUUAUCUAAUCGAUUGCAAUGCCAAGGAACAAAGGCUCUUAACAGAACACAUGGUUCUAACGGAAGAUCAGCUUUGGAGGAUAGUGUUGCAUUUGUCACUGUUUUUACAAUUUAUAAUUCCUCAGUCAAUACUGCAGAUGAUAAAGCAAUAAAAACAGUAGUUGGCAGUGCUUCAUAUAAUAAGGUUGAGAGGUCAUUGGCCGUGCUGAAUGCCUUCAUUAACUUCAUUAAGGUGGCAAUGCCCCGGAGCAAUGUGAUUAUUCUCACCGAUCCGAAGUCUGACUUCUCAGUACAGAGAAGCCAAGUUACCCUUUAUCCUAUACAAGGUGAAUAUUCACGAGACAAAUUGAUGCUCCAAAGGAUCAGGUCUUAUAUUGCCUUUUUGGAUUCACGGCAUAAGAUGCUUUCUCAGAGGCCAGGGAAUAUCACUCACUACAUAUUCACCGAUUCUGAUAUGGCAGUGGUUGAUGAUUUAGGGCAGAUUUUUCAUGACCAUCCGAAUUUUGACUUGGCUCUAACGUUUAGGAACAACAAGGGACAACCGAUAAAUUCAGGAUUCAUUGCAGUCAGGGGUACUCCUGAUGCAAUUUUAAGGGCAAAGCUUUUUCUACAAGAUGUUUUGAGAGUUUACCGCAUGGAAUACAUGAAAGCUUCACGGAUGCUUGGAGAUCAGUUGGCGCUUGCUUCGGUUGUGAAGUCCAAACCUCAAUUUGAUGCCAACAGGUUUUCCAAAACUGUUGCUUUCACCGAAGACAUUCGCGGUACUAAGGUAUUGUUCUUACCGUGUGCCAUGUACAAUUGGACUCCGCCAGAGGGUGCUGGACAGUUUCGUGGCAUGCCAUUGGACGUCAAGGUUGUUCAUUUUAAAGGAUCAAGAAAACGAUUAAUGCUCGAGUCUUGGAAUUUUUAUUCCUCUUCUCUUGAUAUCCCAGAUAUGUUGUGCCUCAUUUUAGCAAGCGGAAGAACAAAAUACGAUUUUUGAAAAGUGUUUACUUGUAAAAUGUUCUUGGGAAUGCAAAUAUCCAAAUUGAAAUAUAUUUUUGUUCAUAUAAAUCAGACGAUUUGUUAUGAAUCAUGUCAGAUUGUCAGUAUUCAAUCCAUUUAUAUUUCUAUCACUUUUCAUC